AUCAAUGACCUAACUGUCCUUUCUGGUGCACACACAAUAGGCCAAGCAGAAUGUCAAUUUUUCCGAACUCGAAUUUACAAUGAAACCAACAUUGACACAAACUUUGCAACUUCAAGAAAAACAAAUUGUCCUGUUUCUGGUGGUGACAUUAAUUUAGCACCUCUUGAUUCUCUUACUCCAACUACAUUUGACAACAAUUACUAUAAUGACCUUAUUGCUAAUAAAGGACUUUUACAUUCUGAUCAAGUUCUUUUCAAUGGUGUUGGUUCUCAAGUUUCUUUGGUUAGGACUUAUAGUAGAAAUAGUAUUGCUUUUAGAAGAGACUUUGCUGCUGCUAUGGUGAAGAUGAGUAGAAUUAGUCCUCUCACCGGGACAAAUGGGGAGAUAAGAAAGAAUUGUAGACUUGUGAAUUAAUUUUUCAUGAGUUGGAGGGCUUAUUAGCAAUUAAAUAAAUAUUGUGUUAAAGGUUUAUGAGAAAUUGAUUAAUUAUAGAGGGUCAAACUUGAAAAGGUUGACUUAGUAAAAAAAAGGUUAUAAAAGGUUUACUUGAUCUUAGACACUAAUGUUGAGGUUUUUUUUUAAAAAAAAUAAAAAAUUAUUUUGAUAAUAUUAA